GCUAAGGCCGAAGGUAGCCUGAUCGUUACAAAUAUUAGGGAGUCAUCGCUUCGAUAUGGAUACUUAUCGGGAAUUGUGGGCUAGAGGAAGAAACAUUCACAAGGCUCAGGUUGGCAACAACCAAAAUACAAUCUAUGGCAGAAGUUAUAUAGUCUCGAUCCUGGAUUCGAAGUUAUUAAAGGCGGAGGGGCGGGAUUUAUCUGGUAAAUAUGCUUGGGUCGGCGGGAUUGUCCUUUCAACUACCCAAACUGUGAUCUGAGCUGAAACCCGUUCAAGUGGCUCGAUCCAGAUGAUCUACCAAUGACAUACUUACACGCAAGAAUAUGCUUAAUAUGAGUUUCGCAUGAUAGCAAUACUAUCCUCGAAGUGAAUAUCACUUAUGCUUGUUCAGUAACACUUAGCUCAGGUAGCUCAGGUACCGGAGGGUUCCAGUGUGGUCGAAAGGAUACCUUUAUAAUUAUGGAAGGUUUGCCGAUGUCAUGUUGUGCGGGGUAAAUUUUCCCCAGACCCCGAGACUCCUUGAAUGUUUCAACUAUUGGCUUCUCUAAGGAGACUAAAUUCACACAAGCACGACGGCGUCAUACGAGCACAAGAGAUUUCUGUACCCGUAAACCGAAAUUACGCACGAUAAUUCUAUGUCAUACAGAUUACAAGAUCAUAUGCGUAGGAAGGUCUACCGAAGAGAGGAGUAUUCUUUGGUGAUCACAAAUGCGUUGUUAAACAUAUAAACUUACAUUCGUCACUUUGUAACUUGUAAAUAUACAUACUAUCUCACACACUCCACUAAUCUAUACUCAAACUACUGUAACACGUCAAGAUGGGAAGCAUUGAAGUUGAAAAUCCGAUACCAUCGUCCCAACGAGUCGAACCUGGCUCAUUCCAAUUGCGACUCGCCAACCUCCCUAAAUCCACGGCUGAGAAAUCCAUCGAUACUACGAAAAUUGCUUCAGAUUUCGUUGAUCGCUUUAAUCAAAAAGUCAACUCUGCUGACAUUUCAUCUCUUUCUACACUCUUCUUGGAAGAAUCAUAUUGGCGCGAUCAAUUGUGUCUUUCAUGGGACUUUCACACUUUACAUGGCCCUUCCAAAAUUCUCGAACUAUUCAAUAAAACAAAGGGCUCACGCUUAAAAUCUAUCGCACUUGAUUCAAGCUCGGAGUUCCGAUCACCAAAAUUAACGCCGCUUGAUGUUGAUGGAAAGACGAAUGUUAUUCAGGCUUUCAUAAAGGUUGAGACGGAUGUUGGUAAGGGGGCUGGAAUCGCUAGAUUAGUAAAUGAUGAUGGAACGUGGAAAGUCUUUACACUCUACACUUUCCUGGAAAACUUGAAUGGCUAUGAGGAGAGUGUAGGAAAGAAGAGGCCUUAUGGUGUAAAGCAUGGAGAAAAGACAGAGAGAGAAAAUUGGUUGGAUAGAAGAAAUCUCGAUAAAGAUUUUGGUAAUGGAAGCGAGCCGACAGUAUUGAUUCUUGGUGCUGGACAAGGUGGCUUGACAGUAGCGGCAAGACUUAAAAUGCUUGGUGUUACAUCACUCAUGGUUGAUCGAGAGGAGCGAAUCGGUGAUAAUUGGAGAACAAGAUAUCAUCAAUUGGUCCUUCAUGAUCCUGUUUGGUUUGAUCAUCUUCCAUAUCUACCCUUCCCUGAGAAUUGGCCAGUGUUUACUCCCAAGGAUAAAUUAGGAGAUUGGUUUGAAGCAUAUGUGAGUUUAUUAGAACUUAAUGCUUGGACUCAAACUACGAUUACCAACACUUCGUGGAGCGAUCAAACCAAGCAAUGGACGGUCACUCUAGAGAGGACCAGAAAUGGACAGAAGGAAACGAGAAUUGUUCAUCCAAAACACAUCAUACAAGCAACCGGUGCAAGUGGAGAGCCAAACUUUCCUUCUCAUCUCAAAGGAAUCGACACCUUCAAAGGUCGAGUGGUUCAUUCAUCCAAAUUCCCUGGAGCAACCGAAUCUCGUGGUCAAAAUAAAAAAGCAAUCGUGGUUGGUUGUUGUAAUUCUGGUCAUGACAUUGCUCAAGAUCUAUAUGAACAUGGUUAUGAAGUGACCAUUGUCCAAAGAUCAACUACAUAUGUCAUUAGCACAGAGACAAGUGCAGAUGCUCAAUCAAGUCUUUACGGAGAAAAUGGCAUUCCGACUUUUGAUGCCGACAUGGUCUUUCACAGUAUGCCGAAUCCGGUACUCAAGAAGUUGAAUGUUGAAGGUAGCAAGCAAGUGGCUAAGAUUGACGAGAAACUACUUCAAGGUCUCGAAAAGGCUGGAUUCAAACUUGAUAAAGGACCAGAUGGAGCAGGUCUUUGGAUCAAAUAUCUUCAGCGUGGGGGUGGCUAUUAUAUGGAUGUUGGCUGUUCUCAACUUAUCAUCGAUGGAAAAAUUAAAGUCAAGCAGGGUCAAGAAAUUACGGGACUUAGAGAGAACGGUAUGGAGUUUGCAGAUGGGUCAUUCAUCGAAGCAGACGAAAUUGUAUUCGCAACAGGAUACCUGAAUAUGAGAACACAAUGCAGGAAAAUCUUCAGAGAUGAAGUGGCGGAUAGAGUUAAGGAUGUCUGGGGAUUUGACGAAGAAGGGGAAGUCAGAACUAUCUGGAGGAAGACUGGUCAUGAAGGAUUUUGGUUUAUGGGUGGAAACUUGGCUUUGUGUAGAUGGCAGAGUAAGAGGUUGGCGUUGUUGAUUAAGGGAUUGGUGGAGGGUAUAACGAAGUAUGAUGAUAUCUGAGUUAUUUGUAGCGACGGCGACCGGAUACAUAAUGGAGUCGAUAGCUUUAAUUAAUGGAAUAUCCAAUUAUCAAACUAAUUUAGAGAUGACUUUUUCA